CAAUUCUGGGGCUUGAUUAACCCUGAGUGGUCGUUAUGCACCAAUGGUCGUCGCCAGAGUCCCAUUAACCUCGACCCGUCGUUGCUCCUGUACGACCCCAACCUACGCCCACUCCACAUCGACAAGCACAGGGUGAGUGGUGUGGUCAACAACACCGGCCACAGUGUUGUCUUCACCGUGGAUGAAGACACCGAAGACCAGGCUUCCCCGGGCUCAGUGGGCGGCCUGGGCGGCGGGAGCCUCAACGUGGGCGGCUCACUCGGCAGGACGAUGGGCGGCGACGGGAUGGGCGGCCUGGGCGGCCAGGAGGACCACCUGAUCGGCAGUGUGUACGCCCACAGAGGGCACCGCCACAAGAAUCCGCCUCUGAACAUCACCGGAGGUCCUCUGUCUUACAGAUACAGGGUUGGUCAAGUGCAGCUUCACUUCGGCUCCAAGGACUACAUGGGCUCAGAACACACCGUCAAUGGCACCUCCUUCCCAGCUGAGAUACAGAUCUACGGAUACAACUCGCAGCUCUUCCACAACUUCUCCGACGCUGUGUCCAAAGCUCACGGCAUCGUAGCGGUAUGCAUCAUGAUACAGGUGAGUGCCCGCCCCUCCUUCUCAACCAUAAUCCGAGGGAGAGGAGCUAUACGCAGAUAA